UUAACUUGAGACUCUUUUUUCCUCGGUCUUAGAUGAUGUUGUCUCCAUCUAUAUAACUCUCUCUGCCUAACACUCCUCAUAACUCUCUCUCUCUGCUUUCUGCUAUGACUGCUGACGUAAGCUAUCUCACACACGGACACUAAGUAGGUACAACGACGAUCGGAUGACGGUAAAGGAUUCCUCCGGACCGAGAUCGUCAGUGGCGCUCAUGACUCGUGUUCUCCUCGGAACCGCCGGUUGUGGAGGAGGAGAUGAUCAUUCUCUGGAGCUUGACCUUGACCUGCAAGUCCCCAACGGCUGGGAAAAGCGUCUCGACCUGAAGUCAGGGAAAGUGUAUCUUCAACAAUGCAACUCAACGAGCUCCUCUACUCAUCUCCGUUGUUCAGACCAAUCCAACCAAACAGUUCCAAGGUUUCAGGAUUUAAAUUUUCCGCCGGUCUCAAAUAAAUCUCCGGCGAGACCAUUGUUAAGCCUCUUCGACGACACAAGUCUUGAACUCAAGCUAGUCCCUUCAUCAUCAUCACCUUUUUCUUCUUCUCUCUCUUUACCAUCGUCAAGUUCGAGUUUCCAGAGUGUUUGGACACUCGACAAGGUGAAGUCAGCUCUGGAGAGAGCGGGGAAAGAUUCAACCGGGGUGAUAAAGAAACGUAAAUUGCCAGAAGACGGCGUUUGCGAUUUAACGGCAGCAGUGUCGUGUCCGGUGGCGGUUGGAUGUCCAGGGUGUUUAUCGUAUGUAUUGGUGAUGAAGAACAAUCCGAAGUGCCCGAGGUGUCACUCGUUUGUUCCUUUGCCUGCCAUGAAAAAACCUAAAAUUGAUCUCAACAUAUCUAUUUGAUAUUUUUAAUUGUAGGUUCAAGUUCUGUAAAUCAUAGGUAAAUUAAGGGCUUAAUUGAUAAUAAAAAGGAUGUUAAUAAAAAGGCUCUGUUGAUCUUGUUUAAAGUCACUCUAAGAGUAUAUCUAAAAGAAACUCUGUAACUUAAAAUACUCCCUCUGUUUUUUAAA